CUACGUAGUGGUUAGUCACGCUACUACAAUAUUUUGACUCUGCCGAGGACGUGCAUCUAUUCUUGCGCGUGCUAUCCUCUGUUGCUCUGGCUGGUUGUUUUCCGUUGGCGUCGCUUGUCGGAGUUCGAUUUUUUAUUCUUAUCUUAACAAUGCUCACUUUCAAUGCUGUCCGGUGAUAUUUCUCUCGUUCUGUGACCGACGGCUCAAAAAUGGCCUCCGCAGCCCCCUCUGGCAGCUCCAUCAACGAGCUUGCAUCUAAACUUUACGACGAAUGUCUGAAGAGAUACGACUCUGAUCAUCUCUUCUAUCAGCAAGACCUGCUGGGCUUGGGUGUCGUCGAGAGGAAUAACCUACCACUUCUGCUGCAAUGCACACAGCUGCUCGUUGACCAAAAACUAUUUCGCCUCCUUCAGGGCAAAAAUGAUCGUUUGGCAUGGAAGAUCAUUUCGCGGGAAGAUGCUGAGAAGCUUCAGAAUCUCAGCCCCGAUGAAAGUUUAGUCUACAAUGUCAUCCACUCGACAGGACGCAACGGCAUUUGGGUCCGUGCGAUCCAGAAUCGGACCAACUUACACAAAUCUAUAUUAGAUCGUUGCCUCAAAUCACUGGAAGGGAAGAGUUACAUCAAGAGCGUCCACAAUGUCAAGUUUCCGAGUCGGAAGAUGUAUAUGCUGGCCGGCCUUGCUCCGAGUGAGGAUGUGACGGGUGGUGCUUGGUUUACCGACGGAGUACUGGACGCGAACUUUAUCAGUACGGUCGCUGGCUUCAUCGAGUAUACCGUUAGUCGGAAGAGCUGGUAUGAGGUUCCUGCUACCGGGAACAAGCGCUUGAAAACGGCCGACGGGCGCGCCUCGGUAAAGCAGGAAUCGGGUGAAAAGAAAUAUCUCCCUUAUCCUGCCGGCUAUCAGGGCUAUCCGACGGUCGCGAUGAUUACUGCGGCAGUGAACGAAAGUGGGAUCACACCCGUCCGGCUCGGAGAGGAGAGCAUCAUACAAUUGCUGGAGAUGCUCUGCUAUGACAAGAAGCUCGUUGCGCUGAACAAUGGUCAAUUCUACAAAUCGGUCAAGAAUCCCGCAGCUGUGAAAUUGGAAAAGAAUCGGAAACCAGAGGGCGACGUGGAGGAUGUGGGCGACAUGCUGGUCACGAACGGCAUGACCGAAGCACCCUGCGGUCCAUGCCCUGUCUUCAAGCUCUGCGUCCCUGGAGGUGCCGUGAGUCCGGAGACCUGCGAGUAUUUCGAUCCUUGGCUGCAAAAGGCCCUCGGAUUUUAGCUUGUUGCACGAGCUCCCGUCAUCAAUGAACGUCCUCCCACGGCUGAUAUCCCGUUCAUUUCUUCUAUUUUCUUCCUUCAUAUUUAUAGCGCGCUCAUCUUGCGCCAGGUCAUUUUUGUCUGCAUAGCGUUGGCGUUCUUAUGUCUCGGGACUGGUCAAGGGUUAAGGGCUCCUGUUCUCUUGAUAUGAGCAAGUUGUUCAGGUUUAGAGAAUGAGAUCAGAGUUAAGGAUAUGAUUUCGUCUAGUGUCUUGUAUGAUACGCCCUCUGGCUCUAGCUUUGCAUCAGACAGCCCUGGUCUAGC